AUGCAGGAGGGCCGGCGUCCAUUGGUGGUCCUUGUGGUGGGAAUGGCAGGGACGGGGAAGACGACGCUGGUGCACAGAAUGCAACACUACGCGAUGGAAGAAAACAAACAGGCUUAUUUUAUUAAUUUGGACCCCGCUGUUGCAGAAGUUCCCUACAAUGUGAAUAUUGAUAUUCGCGAUACUGUCAACUACAAGGAAGUGAUGAAGCAGUACCGCUUGGGACCCAACGGGGCCAUCAUGACAGCGUUGAACCUUUUUGCCACCAAGUUCCAUCAGGUGAUUAGCAUUCUUGAAAAUAAAGAUAGUUUAGAAUGGAUUGUGGUUGACACACCUGGUCAGAUUGAAGUUUUCACGUGGUCGGCUUCGGGGCAGAUCAUUGCGGAGUCACUCGCAGCGAUGUGGCCAACCGUCUUGCUCUUUGUUGCGGACACUACGCGCUGUGUGAGUCCACAAACGUUUAUGAGCACCAUGCUGUACUCGAGUAGCAUAAUGCUGAAACAGCAGCUUCCCUUGCUCCUAGCUUUCAAUAAAACCGAUGUCGUUUCUUCGGAUGGAGCUGUCAGUUGGAUGAAGAACCCCGAUACGCUGGCGGAUGCAGUCAACAGCGAUAACGAGGGCAACUACGCCGGGAGCCUCGUACAAUCUCUAUCGUUGUUUACCCAUGGAUUUUAUGAGGAUAUCCCUGUUGCGAGCAUUUCCGCAGCAUCCGGCAAAGGUGUGGAAGAACUAGAGCGAGCCCUGGCGGCAGCUAAACUCCAGUACCUUUCAGAUCGGGAGCCGGUGUUGAAAACGCAAGAUAAACUGCGAAAUGAAGAGCGCGCCGCGGUUACAGAGGAGAUGCUCCGCGCCUAUGAGCGCGACCAGAAGGACGAUUAA